AUGACAUUUGAGCCAUCCCCUCGUGCCAACUACGAAGAGGCCGUGUUUGUGGGCAACCUCCUCUACCGACUCAAGACCCCAGCCGUGGUGGUCCAGGCAGUCGACGAAGAAGACGUCCGGGCCACCAUUCAGUUUGCACACCAGCAAGGAAUGCAACUGACCGUCCGCAGCGGGGGCCACUCUAACGCUGCCUACUGUAUGAACCAGGGUGGUAUUGUUCUGGACAUGCGCUCUAUGAACUCCGUCUCGGUUAAUAAAGAAGAUAUGGAGAUCUCAAUUGCAGGCGGGGCAAUCUGGCGCGAUGUUUACAAUCCACUGCACAGUCAAAGCAAGCGCCUCAUGGUGAUGGGCGGCCAAUGCCCAACAGUGGGAGUGCCUGGGUUUUUGAUGGGUGGGGGUCUCAGCCCGCUCUCGCGAAGCCAUGGACUAGGCAUUGACAGCCUGCUGGAAGCCACAGUCAUCACAGCAACGGGUGAAAAGUUGACGGUGUCUCAUCGGGAUACCGAUGACAGAGGCGACCUCUUCUGGGCCCUUCGUGGUGGUGGAGGGGGCAAUUUUGGUGUUGUAACCCACUUCAGGCUCAAGCUGCACAAACUCAAUGAUGCUGAAGGCAAAGUGGUAUGCGGGAGUCUCGGCUGGAAGAUUCCCCAGAAAGAGGACAAGUUUAGGGAUAUGAUGGAAAAGUUCAAUACCAUUAGUUGGCCCGCGGAGGUAUGCGCCGAUGCACUCUGGCGGUACGACGAGCACAACCAGCUGUGGGGGGAGUUGACCAUUAUCUACAACGGUCGAUUUCCGGCAUUCAAGCAGGACAUUGCGCCAUUGAUGCAGUUCGACGCGGACAAGAACGAUUUCAACGAGAUGCAUCUGUACGAAUGGGAAGUCCAGGAUGAAGCGUUCAGCGUGUUCUCCAAGAUCUACAACCACCAUGCAUCCUUCAUUUUCCCGGAAGGUGCCAUCACCCCCGAGGUGUCAGAUUACAUGACGCACUGGAUGAAGCGUGUCAGAGCCGAAGAACCAGACAAGAACAAAUGCGGCUGUCACAUCCCCUGGGAUCACAUUGGAGCCAAGACGACCCACGCCAGAUCAGACGAGACAGCCUUCCCCUGGCGGGAUGGCGCCUAUGUGUGUUCCUUCAAAGUCAGCUGGACAAACACCGACCUCCAUAAAACCAUGUUCAACUUUAUCGAAGAGGCCAAGAUACGAAUGGCCCCUCACGCCGUUGGUGGCGUGGCGGCGUAUGUCAACUACAUCGACAGCACCCUGGACACCUGGCGGGAGUCGUACUACGGAGACAACUAUACUCGCCUCCAAAGCAUCAAUAAACCCUGUGACCUGCAAUUUUAA